GUAGCAGGAAUCAACAUCGAACAGGAAAACCACACCGCGCAUGCGCGGAGUGCCGCUGACGAAGACUCGGGCGGGGCGGCCGUUGUGUUAGAUCGCAGUGUCACGCGGCAAGAUCCGAUAUCUCCAAACAAUGCCUACGCUACAGGACAUAGUGACUGCAAUGGCAUCUGGUCAUGAAGGGUCUGCUGCUCUGGAAUACAAUAAAGGAUCACACUCUACAGGAGAGGGGGACCGGUACGAGGAGCGCAUGGUGGCCCUGGUCUUCCUCCGCUGUCUGCGGUAUGGGCUACACUUCCAGUUGUGUGCCAACAAUGGCGAUGCCGGGAAGUUCGAUGACGUGGUGUUGGUAUGGCGACCUGAGGGACAAAAUGAGGUGAACACCCUGCUCGUCCAGCUCAAGCACAAGACCUCCCCGACGGCCAUGACCGUACACAGUGGCGCGUGGCUGUCAGAGGCCACGAAAUGCGACUUCGGGCUCAGCAUGUACUGCACCUCCUACAGAGAAAUUAGCGAGACACUGGAUACGAACAGAGUCACAUUCGCCUUGUUGACGAACGCCUGUCUGGGCGAUAGUAGCCUCGACAUACUUGAGCGCCAGUAUGUGGGCACCUUCCCAGGUCUGGAGCUGCUAGAGGCUGGCGGCCACCUGUACAAGCUCAAACCGAACAACGAACAGGUUUGGAAGGCAGUUCAUGAGGACAGAAGCUUUGUGGAGAAUUUCUACCUUCUGUGCCAGCAGAGUAGUUCUAAUAACAUUGUAGGCGACAUUUGCAGGGAGCUGGAAGAAUUGCUGGGCGCCGGUGACCUAUGCGAAACCCUGUGUGACAGCUUGUGCAAGAGCAUCAGGGACUGGAUGAACAACCAAAGUGCGUGUUUGACGAGUGCUUGGAGCACAUGGCAGGCACUCGUGGACGAAUACGUCAGGAAGGAGGUGACCGAGUGCAGAGCAGUGACCACCAGACUUGAGUACUGCAAUGUGGAAAAUGUUCGGAGCUACGUGGAGUCGUGUAACCCAGCGUGGUUGAGGCCUCCAGAAAGGAAAAUGGCGGCUCUCUCUGCUACCAAGAUUCACCAGGCACUGGCUAAUGAAACGCACAUCAUGGUGGCUGCGGACCGAUUCAGAGUGCUGCGACACCGGAUUCUCCGCUGUUGGGGACCGUACUGCCGAUGGCUGGUGAUUGUAGAUGAUGAGACUGAAGAUAGCUCUGCAAUUCUGGAUGAGAUUACUAACGAGAUGCAAAGUGAACGCCGAAGUCGACGCCGCCUCGUCGUUGUGUCGUGGAGGGGCAGGCACUGCUUCAGCGACACUUGCCGCACAGCCGACAUCAGCGGCGACAGCUGGAACGAGUUCCUGAACAUCAGUGUCGCGUUGAACGGGGACCGCUACGGAUGCCGCCUGCAGGACCUGGUGGCGGACGUCGACGCCCUCCAGUCACUGCUGGACGGCGAGCCGGCACUCUUGCUGGCUCUGGCGCAGCUGUCGCAGCCUCUGAGGAUGGGCCGGGAGCUGGAAACACUGCCCGCGCACUACGUGCCCAGGAAGCUGGUGGACCAGCGGGUGUUGACGGGCGAGUUUUUCUCCACUCUGGUGAAGAUUCGAGAGCGAGAGAAAGAGCACGUCAGAGGUACCGGCAGCAACACAAUAAUUGUGGAGGGGAAGCCCGGAGUGGGCAAGUCGAAGAUGCUGUCACACGUGGCGGAAAAAAUAAAAGAGAAGGUCCCUUCCUGCUGGCUAUUGAGAGUUAAUCUAUUUAAGUUUUACACAGUUUUAGAUCACAGUAAGAACGGUGUGAGCGCUGCGGGAGACAUCUUGAGGGGGACAGUGUUUAACGAGGGCGUUCUAGGUGAACUGGAGUACACGCUGCUUCGACACUGCCUGCUGCAGUCCACGCGAGUCGUUUGUCUCGUGGACGGCUUCGACGAGGUGUGCCCCGACUAUGUCGACAAGUGCCUCGAGGUGCUGCCUGUGCUGUCUCCACGCAAGGGAAAGCUCCUGGUGACGACGAGGCCGGAACCGGUGAAGCUCUUAGAGGCUCAGAUGGGAGUGUCGGCACACACGCUGGAGCCUUUCAGUGAAUCGGAGCUAGAAUAUUUCUUCACGAGCCACUCCUCGAAGCGAAACAUCCCAGCCGUCAGUGGUCUCGACAAGAACUUGAGGAAUCUUCUGAGGAUCCCUCUGUUUGCUGAAAUGUUUGUAAAUCUGUCGCAGAAAAUAGAUGAGACGUACGACAUUGUGACUCUGUACGAAGCUUUCUUCCGAAAUAAAUUCAGAAGGCUGUACGAGGAAAAAUGGGGUGACAACUUCUCCGCUCCCGGGAAGAGAAGAGAGGUCGAGAAGGCGCAGGAGAAGCACGAAGAACAGCUGAUGCUCCUCGCGGCGUCGGUUCUGUUGCACAGCGCAGACGUACCGACAAUGUCACCGUCCGAUAGGGGAGACUUCGUGAAAGCCGGAAUCGUGUACGAGUUCUCCUACAGGAAACCGGAGUUCCUGCACAGGACGUUCGCCGAACACUUCCUCGCAAAGUGGUGCUUCCUCGGAUACGAAGAUCGGAGCCGUGCGGCGGUGUACCGUAAGGCCUACCUCAACGGGAGACUGGAUUUCUUUCGAGAGUCCUUCGACCGCAGGGCAGUGAGGGGCAGGCCACUGCUGGAGGCGGUGCUGGAGGCCCUGUCGGGUGGCGACGAGGGCGAGAUGAGGGCGCUGCUGGACGGGGGUGCAGGCUGGAGGCAGACAGACGCGUGUGGCCGCAACGCGCUGCACCUGGCGGCGGGCCGCGGGUCGCUCCCUCUGCUGCGGCGACUGUGCAGUCGCGCGGGGGAGGACACACUGUCUGCAGAGGACGGCCUGCUCGGGUGGACGCCGGUGAGGUACGCCUGGGAGCGCAAGUGCUGGUCUGCGGUGGAAGUGCUGCUGACGGCGGGAGGUGAAUUCAGACACCUGGGGGUCGUGAAGGCGGGGCAGCACGACCCCGUACAACUGCAGGCCGCGUUCGAGCAGGGCGGAUGCCGGGCCCUGUACCAACACAUUGUGGAGGUGAAACGGCGCUUGCAGAAUGACACCUACAUCUGUGUGGUGCGAGAAGAAUUAGAGUUUGCUGUAAACCUGAUGUAUGAAGAUAUCCCAAGACAGUGUCUCAAUCUCAUCGCCGAAAAGUCCUGGGAGCAAGGACACGUAUGGGUGCCCAUUUUCAUUGACCCUCACAACUUCAGAACAGUAGGAGUUUUGAGGUAUCUUCGCGAGAAGAGAGGAGAUGGCAGCUACAGCAGCAGCAGCCCCUGUCGUGCCGCUGGCGCUCCAGAUGGCUGCACCACACCCCUGCCAGAGGCUCUGCUGGGGUCUCCAGAAGGCUCCAGUGGCUGUGGGCAAACAGCCAAGUGGCAUGAGUACUGGCUGGAUAGCGACGAGCGCACCAGGUCUGCUGCUUUGGAGUACAAGAAGGGAGCACUCACUGCAGAAUUCGGAGCAUUGUACGAGAAGCGUGUGCUGGCCCUGGUCCUUCUCCGAUGCCUGAGGCGUGGGCUUCUCUUCCAGUUGUCUCCCAACAAUCGCGAUGCAGGCAGGUUCGACGAUGUGGUGCUGGUGUGGCGACGCGAGGAACAGUCUGAGGCGCACGCACUGCUCGUCCAGGUCAAACACAAAUCCUCUGGGAGGAAGACCGUCCCCAGCCGCAUGUGGCUGACCUUGUCUCCCAGGAAGCCUGACUUCAGCCUCAGCAAGUACUGCACCUCCUACAGAGAAAUCAGCAAGUCAUUGGCGAAGGGCAGAGUCACAUGCGUCUUGCUGACGAACGCUUGCCUCGAUGACAGUAGCCACAGCAUGUUUCAGCGCCAGGGUGUGGGCAGUGUCCCAGGUCUGGACCUGCUAGAGGCUGGUGGUGAACUGUACAGGCUCAACCCUAAAAACGAACAGGUGUGGAAGGCAGUCCACGAGGACAUAAGCUUUGUGGAGAAUUUCUACCUAUUGUGUAAUCAGAGGGAUUAUGUGAACAUACUGGGCGACAUUUACAGAGAGCUGGAACAUUUGUUGGGCGCAGGCAACCUGUGAGGAUCCAUCUGGUAAGAUAUGUGUGACGACCUCAUGGCUUGGAUGAACAAAUAGUGUGUGUGUUUGACAAGUGGCUGGCGCAAUUGUUGGACACUUGUAGUUGAAUACACCAGGAAAGAGACUGAGUGAAGAAUGGUGACCACCAGACGUAUCAGUGUGGCUGUUGUUUCAGGUUAGAUAGAGUUAUGUAACCCAGCAAAGAUGAAUCCUCCAGAAAGGGGAAAGGUGGUUCUCUCUGCUACUAAGACUCACCAAAGACUGGCUCACAAAACACACCCUGGUAGCUAUGGAAAGGUUCUUCGCUGCUGAGUAUGAAAGAGUUAAUUUUAUGAAUUGUACAAAUUUCUUUUAUCACAAGCUGCGACAUCGUCGCGAAAAAACACAGUGACCUGUAUAUGUAAUAAGUUUCCUUUAAUUUACGUCUAUGGUCACAAUCUUUUCUGUUUAACAGAUUACCGGUUUCGGUCUUUAAUGACCAUCAUCAAAUCUACAGCAAAAAUGGGGAAAAUAUAAAUACACUCGCAAACUGUAUACAGCUUAAGAACGAUACAUAGAGCAUAUUGAAAAGUAGUACUGACAAAAUUUACAUUUGUGCGCUUUAAAUGUGAAGAGGCAUACCUGUCUCAUAAAGUCAAAGUCCUAAUGCGCUGCAGCCAUAGUGGGAUAGUCAACUGUUAAAUGCGGAAUCAGCACCAGCAUCGUCAAAUACAUAUAAAUCACAUUACAUGCACGAGUCAUGUUGUCAGUAAAACUAUUGUUUAAAACAAGCUGCCGUACAGUAGCCACAAGAUGUUUGUGUAGUAAAUUGACCAGAUGUCGCUAAUGUCAGCAUACACUAGUUUUCAAUAAUUAAUUGAAACAGCGAAAAUAAAAGCGCACAAAUGUAAAUUUUGUCAGUACUACUUUUCUAUAUGCUGUACGUAUUGUUCUUAAGCUGUAUACAGUUUGCGAGUGUAUUUAUAUGUUUUUUCCAUUUUUGCUGCAGAUCUGUUGAUGGUCAUUAAAGACCGAAACCGGUAAUCUGUUAAACAGAAAAGAUUGUGACCAUAGACGUAAAUUAAAGGAAACUACUUUCUUUCAUGUGAUCUCAGAAAAUAUUUUGCAUCAUUCAGUACAAUUAGGCACCAUUGGCCACCAUCAAAACAAUCGAAAUCAGCAUCAGAUGAUAACUCAGAAAUGCUUUAUUGUAGCAAAUGCAUAUAUUGCUGAGCGAAAACAUAAUUACCAUGUGCUUAAUAGCGUGUUCCUCCACUAUUGGAUCGCGAUACAGCUGCGAAUGUGCUUGACAUGCAUUCGACAAUUCUUUGGUAGUUUUCCACACUGAGGCUGAAGGAAAGUUUCACGGAGAACAGCGGGCAACACUAGACUGUAACAGGUGAAAGGAAUACGAUUGAAGUUGGAUGCAUAGCUUUCAGAGAUGAUAUAGUAAAGGCAGCAGAAGAUCACAUAGGUAAAAAAGCAAGACCUAGUAGAAUUCCCUGAAUAACUGAGUUUAAAUGAUGAAAGGAGAAAAUAUAAAAAUGCAGCAAGAGAAUAGAAGUGUGUAAAAUAUUAAUUGACAGAACGUGCAGAACAGGUAAGUAGGAAUGGUAUGCAGAACUAGGGAACAGAUGAGUCCUUUGAAGAAAGUAGAAGCGACUGUGUGAAUAUCAAGAGUUUUGCAAGUACUAAGCAAAGGCGGACGGCACAUAGAGUAUGUCUAUACAAGGGAUACUAACUUGAGGUCAAUGUUGUAGAGAGAGCAAAAGCAGAAGAUGAAGAUAAUAAGGGAGAUAUGAUACUGUGAGACGUAUUUCACAGAGCACUGAAAGGCAACAAGGUCCCUGGAAUAGAUGAUAUUCCCUGAUAAUUCCUGAGACCCUUGUGAGAGUUAAAAAAAAUGUUCAAAUGGCUCUGAGCACUAUGGGACUUAACAUCUGAGGUCAUCAGUCCCCUAGAACUUAGAACUACUUAAACCUAACUAACCGAAGGACAUCACACACAUCCAUGCCCGAGGCAAGAUUCAAACCUGCGACCGUAGCGGUCGCGCGCUUCCAGACUGAAGAGCCUAGAACCGCUCCGCCACUGCGGCUGGCGUGAGAGUUAACCGUGACAAAGUUAUUGCACCUGGUGUGCAAGAUAUACGAUACUUAAAGAAAAAUGUAAUAAUUCCAAUUCCAAAUAAGGCAGUCGCUCUAAGUUGUGAAUUAGUUCAAUAAGUCAUCAAUGCAAAAUACUGACACAAGUUAUUUACACAAGAGUGGAAGAACUGGUAUAAGGCAACAAUGUGGAAAAUCAGUUUGGGUUUAAGAGAAAUACAGGAACACAGAUGCCUGAUCGUACCACUUACCCAAGAAGAUGGAUUGAAGAAAGAAAAACCUAUGUUUAUAGAAUUUCUAGAUUCACGGAAAGCUUUUGACAGUGUUAAGUGACCUAUAAUCUUGGAAAUUUUGAAGAGAGUAGAAAUAAAAUACAGGGAGUGAAAUGGUAUCUGCAACUUGCACAGAAAGCCGUCUGCAUCUGUAAGAGGUGAGGAGCAUGAAAGUCAAGCAGUGAUUGAGAAGGGAGUGAGACAGGAUCGUAGGUAUCUCCAAUAUUAUUCAAUCUGCACAUCGAGCAAGCAGUGAAGCAAACCAAGGAGAUAAACAGGAAGAGAAUUAGAGUUCAGGGAGAAGGAAUGAAAUCUCUGCCGUUUGACGAUGACACCGGAAUUCUGCCAGAGGCAGAAAUGGGCUUGGAGGAGCAUUUCAACGGAAUACGCAUUGUCUUGAAAAGAUAUAAGAUGAACAUAAAUAAAAGCAAAACAAGAGUAAAGGAAUGUGGUCGAAUGGUGAGGGAAUGAGAUUUCGAAAUGCGACGCUAGAAAUAGUGGAAGAAUUUUUGCGCUAUGGGUCGUAACGUAACUGAUGGUGGCCGAAAUAGAGAUACAAAAUGUUGACAGGCAAUAGUAAGAGAAGUACAAAAAAAAAGAACCAGGAGUUACUUAACAUCUAAUAUCAGUUUAAACCUUUCACACCUGUAUUUCUUCUGGACGAAGAAAAGUUUUCUUUAUGCUGUAACGCUCUUAGGUGAUCUUUCAGUCAGUUUAGAUGUAAGAUUUAUACAAAAUUAUGUACCCACUUCCAAAAAGUACUUUGUAACUUAUUCUUUUUAUGGACUAAACUAACUAAUUUUGAAAUAUUCACUGAUGUAAUAAAUAAACUGAUCAUUCAAGAAUUA